UGUACAUAGAAUGUGCCACCAUCUUUUUGGACCCCUCAUCGUUAGCUACAAUGACGACUACAUUCACUGAAAAGAGAGGGAACUGUUCGAGCAAUGUAUUAAUCUUUGAAUUGCUGAAGUAUAACACCCUUGGAUCUCUUAGUGAUUCUGAUGUUAAGUAUAUGCAUAAAUGUAUACGUAGUGUGGCCAUGGAUAUAGAACAACCAGCCAAAAGACUCAGAAUAGACCAAGACAGCUGUCUCAGUAGCUCUGAACUGCUGUUAGAAGCUCAAGAUAGUGUUGUCGAAUGUACAUUACCUGACAAUAUAAAUGCUGUGUGUCCUUCCAGUGGAAUCAUGUCAGUACCUAACACAGUCAACAUAGGUGCCACCAACACAUCAUUACUAUUAAGUGCAGAAACAACAAGCCAUUCUAAUGUCUCAAACUUUGGUGAUACAGAAAGUUAUCUUGAGAAAUCUAAUGAUAGAAAGUUAAGCUGUAGCAACAUUACACAGUCAGAAACAUACCCUUAUAGAGACAGUGGAACAGGUAAUGGUUCAAAACCUUUAGAAAAUCUUGGGGCUAGUUUUUGUGAAACAGGACAGAAAAGUGAACAUUUUGAUGAUGUUUCAGCUGCAGAUUUACCUGUAACACUGGAGCGUGAACAAUAUGAUAUACAGGUGAAGAAUGUGUAUGACCUGGAAAUAGAGGAUGUUUCAGAAGUUGGCAUUCCAUCAUUACAAAGUCUAAGACUAAGGAAGACCAGAAGUGAUAACAAAGAAAAUGUGAUUGAUAAAAACACUAAAGUUUUUCCUACUGCUAUUGAGAAUUCAGAAAAAGUACAUGAUGAUGCUGAUGAUUCUGCAGAUAUUUCAGAAAAGAAAGAAGAGAAUCGGACAGAUGUCUGUGCAUGUUUCAAGUCCAAAAAUGAAGAUGUAUCUGCACAUGCUGCUGCAAGCAAGAAAACAACAAAACCUCAAAGAAGAGUGUCCUAUAUCUAUAGUAAAGAGUUGAUUCAACAGUGUAACCUCAUGCAAAAAAUUCCCAAUAGGGCAAGUAUGGUACACAGUCUUAUAGCAGCUUAUGGCAUCCUCAAGUACACGAGAGUUGUUGUCCCUUCCAUAGCUACAGAAGAAUCACUUUGUCUAUUCCAUUCCCCUGAGUAUAUAGAGUUUCUAAAGAAAAUCAAUGAUCAAGAUGAUGAAGAAAUCUAUGAUGAAGAAGCAGCACAGUUUGGCCUGACCUAUGAUUGCCCUGUCCACAAGGGAGUGUUUGACUAUGCCCUGUCUGUAGGGGGAGCCUCUGUCUCUGCAGCAGAGGAACUAAUCUCUGGGCAGUGUGAUGUAGCCAUUAAUUGGUGUGGUGGAUGGCAUCAUGCCCAAAAGGACAGUGCAUCAGGUUUCUGUUAUGUUAAUGACAUCGUCCUCGGGAUACUGAAGCUCCGAGAGAGGUUCUCCAGGGUCCUUUAUGUAGAUUUAGACUUACACCAUGGAGAUGGUGUACAGAACGCUUUCUAUGCAACGUCAGCAGUGAUGACUGUCUCCAUUCACAAGUAUGCUGCUGGUUUCUUCCCAGGUUCAGGGCAAUUAGAAGAUAUUGGAAUAGGCAAAGGAAAGCAGUAUUGUAUCAACAUUCCGCUACACGAUGGUGCAAGGGACCAGGAAUUUGUUGCCUUGUUUUGCAGAGUGAUUAAAAAGGUACACUCCAUGUUCCAACCUGAGGCAGUUGUUUGUCAGUGUGGGGCAGAUGGUUUGGCUGGUGAUCCUAUGGACUCCUUUAAUCUAACCCAACUGUCUUUAGGUCGCUGUGUGUACUAUAUGUUGGACUGGGCACUCCCCACACUUCUACUGGGAGGAGGGGGAUACCAUCACACAAACACUGCAAGGUGCUGGGCCUUCCUUACAGGAGUAGCUGUCGGUAAAAAAUUACCAACAGAUAUACCUGAUCACCAGUUUUUAAUGGAGUAUGGUCCAGACUACGGAAUUGACAUUAUGGCUGGUAACAGGAAAGACCAGAACUCCAAAGAAUAUUUACAGAAAGUCCAUCGAUCUCUGAUAGAAUGAUAACCAUGAAUUUUGAGGAUCAACUGAUCUGACAUUUCUCUGACAGAAGGGAAGAUAUAUUAUCACAAUGAAGCAGUCAGUGUGUGGUUUAUGAGAAAGGAACAGCAUUUGAUGAUGAACAGGAACUAUAUCUAGUUUAGAUAUAAGAUAAUAAUAAGGUGUAGAGUGCUCUAACAAAGACUGUAAAAUGUCAUCAAAAUUACGUUACCAUGGAAAUGUAAUAAUGGAGCAUUAAAACCUUACCUGUUAAAGGGGCAAUCCAGAAGGAUCAACUCAAGGUACAGAUUAACGUGAAACAUGAAAGUUGUUGAGGACCAAAUAAUGUGAGGGGGGAACCAUCUAUGUUUGUAAUUGAUUAAACGUGUAUUAAAGAUUACUCGUACACAU